AUGGGAACAGAAAUCAGCUUUGAGAGAUUGCAUGUAGAUAUCCUUGGCUCUCUCCCCAAGACUCAACGAGGAAACAAGUACGUUCUGCUGGCCAUAGAUUCCUUCAGCAAAUGGACAGAAGCCUUUCCCAUGAAGACACAGGAAGCCAGUGAAGUUGCUUACCUACUCUUCAAUGAAGUCUUUACCAGGUAUGGCGCCCAAAGAACACUUCUCACCGACAAUGGUAGACAAUUUACAUCCAAACUUGUCAACACCCUCUGCGAACUCAUGGAUGUUAAGCAUUAUACCACAUCACCUUACCAUCCUGAAUCCAUCGGAGAGUGUGAGAGACGCAAUAGCACCAUUACCCAGAACAUCAUUGAUAACCUCAAGGUUGCCCAGGAAAUUGCCAGGGAAAACAUUGCCAUAUUUCAAAAGAAGUCCAAAGCCCAUCACGACCAGAAAGUAGCUCUUCCCAAGUUCCAAGUUGGAGAUACUGUCUUGAUGAACAACCAAAAAGUUAAGAAGGGAUGCAGCCUAAAGCUCACCAGGAAAUGGACUGGUCCUUGGUAUAUCUCCAACAUUGGCCUCAACCACACCUACAAGGUACGUGACCGUCAGACGCAAAAAGAAUACAAAUCCUAUGUUCAUGCAAAUCGUCUGAAGCCAUACACUCUCAGGCCCAACAUGGAAAACCAUCCUGAUUUUCAUGGCACUACAGCAGAUGAUGUCACAAACCAGAUAACCCAAAGGCAGGCCAAUGAUCAUCACAUCCUCAAUCAAGCAGACCCGGACCCUGAGCCCCAGAAUGCUCCUUCGGACCCUUCUGGUCAACCCCACACAACACCCUCCUCUCAUCAAGCAGACCCGGACCCUGAGCCCCGGAAUGCUCCUCCGGACCCUUCUGCUCAACCCCACACAACACCCUCCCCUCAUCAAGCAGACCCAGACCCUGAGCCCCAGAAUGCUCCUCUGGACCCUUCUGCACACCCACGUUCAUUGGUCAGCCCCAACCCUGCACAUCUGGACCAUGAGCACCCAAAAGCUCCACCAGAAACAUCUGCAAACCCAGGUCCACAGGAUAAAGAUCUAGUUAAUCAGCAUCAAAACCCUGACUGGGAGCCGCCUGCAGCUGAUGCAUAG